CUCACGUCCACAAUUAAUUACUUUGCCACAUGCUAGAAACAAGUACGGGUAUGAUGGGGGUGACCAGGAGAGGAGCCUGAUCUAGCAUGGGGGGAUGACUUCCCUGCAAAAGCCACAAUUAAGCAGGAACCUGGAGGGCCAGGAGAAAUUAGUCACAUGCAGAGGACUGGGGGCAUUUCUAGGCAGGGAGAUCAAGAACUGAAAGGUCAAAGAAGGUCAGUGUGACCAGAACAACAGGAAACACAGAGGGAGGCAUGAGCUGAAGGGCUGUCUUGGAGACAGCUGGGGGAGGAGCCAUGGAGCCGGUGGGCUGUAAAGUUAUCCCAGUGCCUGCUUUGUCUCCUGUCUCUCAGCAUCUCCAUGAAGGGAAAGGUUAUUGGCUGUAAUGGUGGCUGCGACACCAUUUUGGAUACUGGAACCUCUUUGGUGACUGGACCACACAGAUCUAUCCUCAACAUCCAGAAUUUGAUCAAUGCCAAACAUUCCUAUGGUGGCGAGGUACCGGGGCAUUCCAAAGGGUCAUUCUGGGACUGUCCAUACAUGGAGACGUCAGCGGGGCCAACCUUCUCCAUCACUCUCUCUGACAGUACAUCAUGAACUGUGAAGCCGUUAACACACUCCCUGACAUCAUCUUCAACAUCAACGGCAUCGACUACCCAAUGCCAGCCAGUGCUUACAUCCGGAAGGAGGGUAAAGGCAUUUGCUACAGCAACUUCCAAGCGACACCCGGAAACUUAUCCCAGGAGAUCUGGAUUCUGGGGGACGUCUUCCUGAGGCUGUAUUUCUCCGUCUUCGACCGGGAGAACAACAGAAUUGGCCUGGCACCUGCGGCGUAAAUCUGGGCUCCUCCGGGGAACAACCUGGCCCACCCCAAACAUACAUGGGAGGGAUGCCCGUCCAGGGGAUCCAAUCUGAACUGAGUUCAAUGCUAUACAAAGCCCCAUUCUCAGUGGAGAAUAAAAUAUUUUAUUUUAAAUUAUGCUAAUAAUAACAGUUGCUUCUGUUUGGGUGGGGAGGUGCAUCAGAAAGAGGCAAGGCUCUACAAGCUGGAGUCUAGACCACAACUCCCAUCAGGUUAAAUGGAAAGCGGAGCUUAUCUGAAGGACACUGGGGUGGUUGAAGGAAUCAGGGCAGUUCCAUUAGCUUGGUAACUGGACCCAAGAAAUCCAAAGCUAUCGGCUCACUCCUUCCCUUCUUUCCUCUCUAAUUCUCUCUGCCUGACAACUUUGUUUU